AAUUUAUAUAACUAUUAUAAAGAAAAAUAUGGUAAUGAUAUUAAUACUAUUAAAUUACCACCUACAUCUACAAACUCCUCAUCUUUUUAUAAAGGAGCUCUAGAAAUGUUGAAAAGUCGAAAAAAGACAACAAAUAGUUCUCCAAAUAAUACAUCUGAUUUAGAUAAAUAUCUUAAUACUGAUAUAAUUUCAUUUGAAGAUCAAGAAGAUUUUGAUAUUUUAAUAUGGUGGAAAUCACAUCAACACAAAUAUCCUAUGCUUUCUAUAAUUGCUCGUGUUGUCAAAGGUUGGGCUCUAGGUGAGGGUGGGUGUUGUCUUUCAUCUCCCCUCUUUGCUUUUGGUUAUGCCUUUAUACGUUUGUCGUAUAAUUCUUGAAUGCUUUGGGAUGCCUUUUGGGCCCGCUUUCUUUUAUAUAUGCUUUUGUUUUUACCUAUUAAAAAAAAAUGUUAACAGAGAUCCUUCUCUAGUAACCAUUGCUUCAACGAAUCAGAUGCCUUAAAUUUGAUUGUGUUUGUUUUCUAACAAAUUUUGAUUUUAUUUUUUUGGUACUUGGUUCCUCUGUCAGUUUUUGGUUCAUCCUUGAUCUCAGCUAUUCAACAAACCUAAGUGAUUGAACCAUUUAUACUUGGUGUAGUAGACCUCUAUGAAACAAUAAUAUCUAUGUCCAUUUGCUCUAGCUUUGUCCAAUAUAUUCUCACUUAAUUCUGCUAUAUGAUAUUUGGUUCAGUUUUCUGUCUUAUGUGAGUAAAACUUGGAAUUGAAAGUUGAAUAUAAUAUCCAUUUGUUCUAUGUCUUAACAGGUUAUAUGUGUGUGGUUAGUGUAUGUAUGGUCUGAGAAAUACAGCUUAUAGUGCAUAGUCUGAGAUGUAAUCUAGUGAUAUUUUGAUGUGCAUGUUGAUACUCUUUGCUCAUGUAAAAUUGGUAUCACUUUUUCAUUGCAUUAUUACUGUGGAAUCUUAUGAAUGUGCUUGAUGUGUACUGAAUUGUGAAUGCUAGAGAAGCUAUGCUAAGAAACAAACUCAUUUAGUUUUGCAUCAGUUGGGCAGAUCCUGCAAGUGCUUGUUUAACUGCUUGUUUAUUGUAAGUGUUCAGAAUUUCAAUUCUGAAAAAUUAGAUGGCUUAAGAAUUUUGUAUUGGAGUUCUGAUAUGUAUCAGUUCCACAUUUAUAACUUAGAACAUAUUUUAAAAUGUAGAAGAGCAGGGAUAGGCUGCCCUAGUUUGUAGAAUGGUCCACUUUAAACGUACAAUUUCAUUAUUUAGGGAGUUCUAAAAAUCUUCUUUAUCUGUUAGUAUUGAUUUUUUUUUUUUAUAUUGUGUAGAGCAAGUUGCAUUUCUGACUUGUUUUUCUCAAUUCAUGCGCAAGAAUGUUGUCAUAUUUCCUUCAAAGGCUGUACCAAUUGAGAAUGCUCUUCAAUUAUUCUCACCCCGUCUUGCAAUUGUUGAUGAACAUCUGACUUGACAUCUUCCAAGACAGUGGUUAACAUCCUUGAAAAUUGAGAAACAGAUAAUCCUUCAGGGGAUGUACUCAGUGAUUGAAGCCCCACGCCAGUCAGAUUUAAUGAUAGAGCUCAUCAAAAAGUUGAAGCCACAGGUGGUGGUGGUUACAGGGAUUGCUCAUUUUGAGGCUGUUACUACCUCAGCUUUUGAGCACCUUUCAAAUAUUACUGGAAAAAUUGGAUCUUGCCUUUUCUUAGACAUAUCUGACCACUUUGAGCUAUCCUGUAUUCCAGUUUCCAACGGAGUCCUAAAAUAUCUUUCAGGAACUCCUCUGCCCUCCCAUGCAGCAGUUAUAUGUGGCCUAGUAAAAAAUCAGGUUUAUACAGAUCUAGAAGUAGCUUUUGUUGUUUCAGAAGAGGAAGCCAUCUUUAAGGCAUUGUCCAAAACCGUGGAAUUACUGGAAGGGAAUACUGCACUAAUUAGUCAGUAUUAUUAUGGUUGCCUUUUCCGCGAGAUUCUGGCCUUUCAGCUUGCUGAUUGACAUCCACCUGCAGAGGCUUGUUCUUUCUUUUAUUUUUGAAGUUCUUUUCAUUUAAUAUGCAUUUGAAUAUCUGAUUGUUUUAGAAACUUUACACAUUUGAUAAAUUAACCCUUCAUUUGACAAUGUGCCUUGUGGUCAAUAUCAUGACCAAGAAAGAAAGCCAGUUCCCUGUCAAAGGCAUUAGAGAAGGCAACAAAAGUAUCUCUUUCUCUAGUAAUUUUCAGCAUC